AUGAGCAAACAUAUGUAUUCGACUGCUAACCUGACCGACAAAGAAUUAAAAGAGCAGGGUAAUAGAUUGUUUAGUCUACGAAGAUUUGAAGAUGCUAUGAACUGUUACACAAAGGCUAUCAUAAAAAACCCAUCCGUGGCCACAUACUUCACAAAUCGUGCGUUGUGUCAUUUGAAGAUGAAGCGAUGGGAAGCGACGUGCAAUGAUUGUCGUCGCGCUUUGGAUAUUGAUAAUAAUCAGGUCAAGGGUCAUUUUUUCCUUGGACAAGCUCUGGUUGAACUUGAAUACUAUGACGAGGCGAUUAAACAUCUACAUAGAGCAAAUGACUUGGCAAAAGAACAAAAGCUAAAUUUUGGUGAUGACAUUGCUGCACAGCUCCGUAUUGCAAGGAAAAAAAGAUGGAAUGUUCAAGAGGAAAAGAGAAUAUCACAGGAAAUUGAAUUACAGACAUAUCUCAACAGGCUAAUUAAUGAAGAUAUGCAACGCAGAAUAGAAACAAUCAAAAUGGAAAACACAAAUGAAGAGGAGGCUAGCUUAAAAAUAGCUAAAGUAGAAGAAGAAUGUAAUAACUACAGCAGUGAGUUGAAUAAUUUAUUUUCCAAAAUGGACGAGAGACGAAGGAAACGAGAUGUGCCAGACUAUUUGUGUGGAAAGAUCAGUUUUGAAAUACUUAACGAACCUGUUAUUACACCCAGUGGGAUAACAUAUGAGAAGAAGGAUAUAGAGGAACAUCUCGAGCGGGUCGGCCAUUUUGAUCCAGUUACACGAGUAAAGUUAACAGCGGACCAGCUUAUCCCUAACUUCACGAUGAAGGAGGUGGUGGAUGCCUUUUUGCAGGAGAACGAGUGGGCACUUGAUUACUAG